CUUCAUGCUGUCAAAUCGGUCAAAACAGUUUGAGUCAUCCAUAUUGAUGUCCGUGUUUUGUCGUUUAAUAAUUCCACAUUAAUUGUACAAAAAGUGGUUAUUUAUGUUAAUUCCGGUGCAGCGAAACAGCCAUUUUCGUACGAGUUUAACUCUGGCGAAUCGUUUAGUAUAAACUUUUUGCUUAGCACACUACAAACAAAAUUGUGGGUUUCAAUGUUGUCGAGAGGCUACUGCAUGUAGCCUUUUCUAGUUGAUGAAAAUCCGUGAAUAAUUCCGAACGAUAAACGUCGACAAUUUGAGUUAGGGCCUAAGCAGACUCAAUAGUACGAACUACUAUUAAGCAUUCAAAAGUUAGAAGAACGUUUAAAGGCUGAGCAACAUGUCUGCUGGACCAUACAACUAUUCGUACAUUUUCAAGUACAUUAUCAUCGGCGAUAUGGGCGUAGGCAAGAGCUGCCUAUUGCAUCAGUUUACCGAAAAAAAGUUUAUGGCAAGCUGCCCUCACACCAUUGGCGUUGAGUUUGGCACACGCAUCAUCGAAGUCGACAAGCAGAAGAUCAAGUUGCAAAUAUGGGAUACUGCCGGUCAAGAGCGGUUUCGUGCUGUUACUCGAUCGUACUACAGAGGAGCAGCCGGUGCACUGAUGGUCUACGAUAUCACCAGACGCUCAACCUACAACCAUCUAUCCAGCUGGCUAACGGACACACGAAAUCUAACGAAUCCAAGUACUGUUAUAUUCCUCAUUGGCAACAAAUCAGACUUAGAAAGUACCCGUGAGGUUACUUAUGAAGAGGCAAAAAAGUUCGCCGACGAGAAUGGGCUGAUGUUUGCGGAGGCUAGUGCAAUGACCGGUCAGAACGUCGAAGAAGCUUUCCUGGAAACAGCUAGGAAAAUUUACCAAAGCAUUCAAGAUGGUCGGCUUGAUCUGAACUCUUCCGAGUCAGGCGUUCAGCACAAACCGGCCCAACCGGGUCGAACAACGCUGAGCAGCGACGCGCAGAACAAUAAGGAGAAUUGUUCUUGUUAAUUUCGUCCAGUGGCCAUUGUGAUAGCGUAUGUAGCAAAACUUUGAAAAAAUACUUUAUGCGAUCCAUGUUAUCUAAGGUAUAGUAGAACAUAGCUCGAAAUGUCAGUUUAGGGAGGUGAUUUCAAAAUCGAAAUGGUGGGUAAAACCAAUCGGGAGCGUAAUCUUAUAGUGUAAUUGACUUAUUGCUGUGUAUAAGCCAAAAGUUCGUUGAAACAUGUGUAUUUGUUGUUAUAUAUGUUCGUUUUGAGUUUCCUUACUGUUACGAAAUAAAAGUUUAGGCACAUAUUUUAUGAUUUGCAGAAUGUUCAUUUGUUUAUGUUUCGUGUACAAUAUUCCUAAGUUUGAAUAUUCCUAUAAACGUAUUCGAGAAGUUCUGAAUUGGUAUUCAAACCGAAAUAAAUAUGAUUAUACCCAAAACAGAAUCAUCAGAAUAUAUAACUUGUAGAUACAGCAGACAAGAAUGAACGGGCAACAUCGCAAUUGUUAUUGCAAUUCCCAAAAACAUUUUAAUGCAAUCUUAGGUCAAAUGUAAUGUCACGUAUCGUCCCUUUUAUGCAUAUAUUAAAUAAUGUACCGCUUUACGAGUUCCCCACACUAAAGCCGAUAAUUUCUGGAGUACGAGAAACCCACGUAAAUUGGAGAGAUCCAACGUUUUCAACAAGGAUUUUAGUACAAAAGCAUCCGCUAGAUCUUUACUAUUUAACAGCUGAAUAAUUUUAUGCUUACCAAUUAUCGUGUGCUGUAGAAAACAUGUCUAAGAUAUACCUUCAAACUGCGACCGAAUGCGAAAAUUUUAUAUUCUCACGAGUACUGCGACCAUUUAAUUAUACAAAUAUGAGACCUACCUACAUAUGAUAAAUAAUAUAUGGAAAACUAGUAGUUUAGAAGACAAAAAAGAAAAUUCAUGAUUUAGUAUUACUUUAUCAAGAAAAAUAAUAAAAAAUAAGUCCUGAAUGUAACGAGUAUAAAUUAUAUUAGCCAAGGAAAAAUUGAUAUGUAGUUGAAACGGUGAAAAGGCAUACCUAUAUAAAUAAAAUAUUGAAAAUUACUAACAGAUUCCGCCAAUAAAACACAGAUUUUGAUUCGA